AUGCAAGUUCCUCAUCAAAAGUCACCCAACCUCGAACAAUGCGUCGACCCUGGUCAGCUCCAUGGACCCGAAAAUCGCCGCUUUCGAGAAAUCCUUCCUUCCAUUGUACGGCAUCACUGCAUCAACUAUGCACCUGCGACAUUUCUCUACCGUGCUCCUUACGUUUCUAAUAUGAAAUACCCAUCUAGAUUUUACUCGAAUCUCGCUGCUUUCGCCAAAGCUCAACCCGAAGACAAGUUCAACGCGACGGCAAUGCUUUUCGCUACUGAGCUCUGGGUUACUAUCUUUGAGAGCCCUACUAAACGCAUAGAGCCGCAUGCUAUAGAGCCAGUUCCUGAGGUUUCUCUGGCAGUCUUCUUGGUCUACUUCGAACACUGGCUGAAGAUUCAUGAGCACCUUCAGUGUAUCGCCUUUGCUCACCCUUUUCGAGUCAUACAACUCAUGUACACCAACGAUAUUCUGACAGAUGGUGGCAGUGCUUUUCUCAUUGACGAGUCCGCUAUUGAUUCUGACCGAGUGUGCGAGCUUAUAAACGAGGCUGAGGCGAUUGAUCAUAACAUUCGUGUCGACGAACGCGUGGAUAUUUUUCCCUUCAUGAUCAAUGGUACCAAGAUGGUUCUCCCUCAGGACUACUCCGGCACAUUUCGUUUAUCUCCGACUGAACUGGCGUUGCUUGGCAUGCCCGAUCUGCGAAUCCUGAAUCACCCAUCACUACCGACCACGGACGACGCCGAGAUCGAAAUCGCCAUCCCCGAAGCGAUUGCCCAGAUCACCUUUGGCAAAGAAAUCACGAGCGACUACCCCUUCACUAGCUUCUUCUUCGAUACGACCAAGGAUGGUCCGACAUCUCUGUUCGGAAGUAACCUGAAGUCCGGCACUAUCUGGACACACGAGGUUCAGAUGUAUACACGCCCGUCAGAUCUUCCGAUUGAAGCGUACUUCAAACGAAACAUGAUUGAUGCCUGGUCUCGACUUCUCGAUCGACGCAUGGCCUGGCUUGAGACGCUUGGUGUGCUGGGGAAAAUUCGAGUUCGGGCUGGUGAAGAUGGUUUACCUGGCUACCAUGGCAUGCCAUCGGAGGAUGAAAGCCGCAACAUCGAUGAUGCAGCCAUGGAGAAGAUGGUAGAGCGGGCGCUGGAAGAUCCCAGGAACAGGAUUGUCGAUGAAACAAAAGGAUAUAUGGGAUGGUGCUCCGAAAAAUAUCAAUGA